UUUUGUUAUUAUAAACAAUGAAUAUGGAAAGCAAAUUGAAGAAGAGCUACUUCCUGGAGGAAAAAACCGUCGUGUCACCUGUGAAAAUGUCAUCACAUUCAUUCAUCUUGUUGCCAAUCAUCGUUUGAACUUUCAGCAUAGUUUGUCCCUUGUUUAUCCAAUGUGUCUCCCUACUCCAAUGUUGAUUGAAAACAUGUCCUCCUCAGAUACGACAGCAAAGUUCUCAUUUUUUGAGAGGGAUUCAGCAGCUUAUACAGAAAGAAUGGAUCAACAUGUUCAAUGAGCAUGAAUUCCAGCUUUCAAUAUCAGGUUCACUGGACAGCUUGGAUGUUGAUGACCUACGGACACAUACUACUUAUUCAAGUGGUUAUCAUAGGGAGCAUUAUGUCAUUGAGAUGUUUUGGGAAGUUAUCAAAAGUUUCUCAGUGGAAAACCAAAAGAAAUUUCUGAAGUUUGUAACUGGUUACUCUCGAGGACCUCUUCUUGGCUUUAAAUAUCUUGAGCCAUGUUUUUGCAUACAAAGGAAAUUGGUGUUUUGUUCAUUUUUCUCCAUUUCCUGGGUAAAAUUCGUAUCCUCCUUAUUCUUAAUUAUUUGUUUUGGUUUCCCUUAA